CUAGUCUUUUGUUGACUUAGACAAAUUAGAAACUCAUAUAAGUCCACGGUUAAAUACAUAAACGUCUGUUAAUUCUGAAAACGUCGUCGUUUUAAAACCUAAUUACACAUUAAUGAAACAGCGUCGUUUUACGUUUCUAAACUCACAAAACAUCAUCUCUUUCACGACAAACCCAGACUGCAAAUCAAAAACCCUAGAUUUUCUAAUUCUCUACUCUCUCAAUUCCCAAAUCUCUGAGAUAUUGACGACGCAGAGGAUGGCUAGGACGAUGGGGCUACUUCGGACUCGUCGUACUGAGGAGCCUGAAGUGGAAAGUGUUAGGAAAGCUAGAGAAGCUACAAUUGAGCAAGAGAAUCAAGUGGAUGAAGAAGGUGGCAAUGAAGGUGAUAAUGAUAUUGACGCUGAGGAGAAUGGUAUUGGUGUAGAAGAAGAAGUUGUCGGGGAUUUAAGAGCUCACUUUGGAGAUGAUGCAGGAGACGAAGGUGAUGUGAGUGACGGAGACAGUGGUGAUGACAUUUGGGAUGAUGAUAAAAUCCCAGACCCAUUGUCAUCUGAUGAUGAUGAAGAAGAGUAUGAGCGUAGAGAAGAGGUUGCAAAUACACUUGGUUGUGAAGAGCUUAUCUAUUUGGGGAAAACGUAUGGAUGUGCGUCUGAUUUUAAAGUGGCUCUGCUUAGGUACUCUCUGCGAUCUAGGUAUGAUAUCAAGCUUUACAAGUCUUGUGCUAAGUCAGUUGGUGCAAAAUGCACUGAUGUGGAGUCUAAGUGUCCUUGGAGAAUUUAUUGUUCAUAUGAAAGAAGAAGACAUAAGAUGCAAGUGAAGGUAUAUGUGAAUGAGCAUUGUUGCAUUAGGUCAGGGUACUCGAAGAUGUUGAAGACUUCUUCUAUUGCCAUGCUCUUUGAGGAAAGGCUAAGAAUAAAUCCUAAGUUUACUAGGACAGAGAUGGCAGAAGAGAUAAAGCGAGAAUAUAAUCUCACAGUCACAGAGGAGCAGUGUGGAAAAGCAAAGGCUAAGCUUUACAGAGGAAGGAAAGCCAGCCAUGAAGCUCACUUUUCUCGGAUUUGGGACUACCAAGCUGAGGUCCUAAAAUCUAAUAUGUACUCUACUAUGAAGAUUGAGACUGUUCCAGGGCCUGUGGUACAGAGCAAACAGAGAUUUGAUCGCCUCUACAUGUGUUUUACAGCUCAAAGAGAGACCUGGAUUGAAACUUGUAGGCCCAUCAUUGGCUUAGAUGGAGCAUUUCUCAAAUGGGAUAUAAAAGGACACUUAUUGGCUGCUGUUGGAAGAGAUGGUGACAAUAGAAUAGUUCCAAUUGCUUGGGCUGUAGUGGAGGUGGAGAAUAACAUAAAUUGGGAGUGGUUUGUGCAAUUGUUGAAGGAAGAUUUGGGACUACAAGAUGGCUCUAAAAUCACCAUCAUUUCAGACAAGCAGAAGGGCCUGGUGAAUGCUGUGAAAAAUGAGCUACCAGAAGCAGAACAUCGAAUGUGUGCAAGACACAUACUGUCAAACUGGAAAAGAGACAGCAAGGAUCCUGAGUUAGAGCGUAUGUUUUGGAUAAUAGCUGGUUGCUACACCAUAGGAGAGUUUGAAGAAGCUUUAGAGGUAUUGAAAAAAUAUAACAAAGGUGCGUUUGACACUCUCCAACUACAAAACCCGAGAACGUGGAGUAGAGCAUUCUUUAAAGUUGGGUCAUUUUGCAAUGAUAACCUCAACAACCUCUGUGAGUCUUUCAAUAAAACCAUUAGGGAAGCAAGGAAAAAACCAUUACUUGAAAUGCUAGAAGAUAUUAGGAGGCAAAGUAUGGUUCGUCAUGCAAAGAGAGCUAUUCUUGCAAAAAGGUUGAAGACACAUUUUACUAUGAAGGCACACGCGGAGAUUGAACUCAACAAAGAGAAGGCUAAAGAAUUGAGAAGGCACCUUGCUUGUGGAAACGUGCAUGAGGUUGAUGACCAUUCUGUUGCUUAUCGUGUGGACAUGGAUCUCAAAACAUGCGGGUGUGUAAAAUGGCAGCUCACUGGAAUCCCUUGUAUACAUGCUACUUGUGUUAUUACAGCCAAGAAGAUUAGGACAGAAGAUUAUGUUGCUGGCUAUUACACAACCCAAAAGUGGCGAGAAACAUAUUCCCGUGGAAUAAGACCUGUCCAAGGUAUGAUCUUAUGGCCUCGGUUAAAUAGGUUAGGAGUUUUGCCACCACCAUUUAGACUAGGGAAGCGUGGAAGACCAAGUAAUCAUGAUAGGAAGAAAGGCCUUAAUGAAACUUCAUCCAACAAGACCAAGAUGACACGAGAUAGGAGGGUCAUUACAUGCUCAAAUUGCCAUGAUGAAGGUCAUAACAAGACGACUUGUCCUAAUGACAAAGUUGAGAGUGCUCCAAAAAGGCCAAGAGGUCGACCAAGAAAGGAUUUGGGAGAAUACUCUCAAGCACAAGGACCCUCACAAGGACCCUCACAAGGACUCUCUCAACAGCCAUCUCAACCCUCACAAGUGUGAACUUGACAAGUUCAUGUUUUCUACUUUUUUUUGGGUGAACUUGAUAAUGUACGUUUGGCAUGUGUAUUUUUCUUUUGUCUUUGACUAUUAAGAUUUGGUCGGUUUUUGAACUUGAUAAUGUAUGCGCUUGUCAUGUUUUCUACUUGACAAGUUCAUGUUUUCUACUUUCGUUUAUUGUGUGAACUAACCAAUGUUUUGUUCGGUUUCAUAUAUGUGUUGUCAAAGCUUGUUUUAGCAAACUUGAAUUCAUUAGAGCAAAAGAAAAAUCACAUUUAUAAUCCUUAAAGUAAUACAAUCCGAAGCAUAGCCAUAAACGAUCAGUCAUAUAACAACAACAGCACUAAAUAAAAGAACAUACAAGACACAUUACAAACUAGUGAACUUCUUCUCUUCAACUUUGCCAACAACAAAAAUAUAAACCAUAGCCAUACUUAAGAAGAGAGCAGACACCAAAAGAGUCUUGCAUAUCACUUUGAGCUUCUUAAUUUCUCUUUUGUGACACACUAACUCAUCCUUCAUCUCAUGGAUCACGCAUUUGAGCUCUUCAACAUCAGCUUUCACAUUGCCCAGUUCUGUUUCCAAGUUACCAACUCUAGGUAAGGCAUCUUCGACUUCUUCAUAUACUGCAUCUUCAACCCAUUUGAACAAGUGAUCCUAUGAACAAAAACACACAUUGUCACAUGAGGUAAGAAUUGAAUAAUCAAUUAUUAAGAUCACCAUACCUCUUUAAAACUCGGACAACGAAAGAAGGGACGACCAGGAUUCUCCUUCGUCUUUGAUAUCAAAACCACACUUAAACGUCCACAGAAACACUUUGUCGGAAAUCCACGAAUCUCAUCUUCCUCAGACAUAGAAGAAUACUUUGUUGCACGACUUUCACCUUCCUCAGACAUAGAACGAGACUUCCUAAAGAUAACAGCCAACAUUUACAACCAUAAAACUAACAAGAAAUCGAGAUGCAUCGAGAGAUUACCUUUCGCCGGAGUUAGCACUACAGCUUGUUUUCAUCGGAGAUUUGGGAAUUGAGAGAGUAGAGAAUUAGAAAAUCUAGGGAUUUUGAUUUGCAGUCUGGGUUUGUCGUGAAAGAGAUGAUGUUUUGUGAGUUUAGAAACGUAAAACGACGCUGUUUCAUUAAUGUGUAAUUAGGUUUUAAAACGACGACGUUUUCAGAAUUAACAGACGUUUAUGUAUUUAACCGUGGACUUAUAUGAGUUUCUAAUUUGGCUAAGUCAACAAAAUACUAGAAUUAAAACGGCCAAUUUAAAAAAAAUUGAAGUUUGUUUUGGCUCAAAUACGAGUUGGAGCUUUAUUUGGCAUUUUUUUGAAAGUUCAGGGUUUUUUUGGCCGUUUUCUCAUACUUCAUUCAAUAGAAAUGUGUGAAAAUCACUUUUAACAACUAUCAAAUCGCCAAAAGUAUGAGAGUAGGCACAUCUGUUUAAUUUUAAUUAUCGUUCUAGGUUAUGCACAGAAAAAAACGUAUGAUUUUGUAUUUUCCAAAAUUGGAUUAGCAAAUUCUGGUUUAAGUCAGUUUAGUUUUUUUUUUCACCACUAGUUGAAACUGGAAACGAUGAGAAGAGCUAGUAUUGAACAAAACCUUCGAGUAAGUUUAAAUGUCUAGUUGCAGAGAAUAUCUAACAUGAAACAAAGAACAAAAA